CCGAUUCUCUUUACACAUCACUGAACCGUUUUUGCUCUGGCUCUUACACACAGGUAGCCGAACGGUCCCUAAAGGAGGCCGCCGGUCUCCGAGGGUUACUUGCACUUAGACCUCGUGCUCCCGGCCCUUUGCUGACGCAUCCUGGCUCCGGCCUCGGCUUUCUGCGGAGUCAGUGGGGCUGCAGCGCUGGCUUCUCCUCCCGCGGGCGGCGGGUGAUGCUGUGCCUUGUUUUGAUGGCAGUGGAGUUAGUGAUUGUCAGCACCGCACUACAAUCAGCUAAUUACACUGCCUACAAACCGAGCACCGGGCGCCCGCCACUGCAGCUCCCGAGGGUCGGGCCCCUCGCCCCCUUUCGCCACGGUCGACAGGCGAGGGCGGCGGAGCGAGAGGUGCCUCAGGCUCCCGAGGCCCCUCCACACCCAGCAGGGCCGCGCGCGACCCCAGGUGAACCCCCAGGCGCUGAGGCCCCCUGUCCCCGCCGUCCCCCCCGAGACCCCCGACUCAGCCCGGACCCCAGGGCAUCCGGCCCGAGUCCUUCUUCCCGCAAGCCGGGUCUGACCCGCCUCCAACAACUUCUUCACGGCUUCCAGACCCAAGUCUAGAGCCGGUUCUGUCCAGCCCGCGCGCCCCGCAGCUCCUACUGGCCGAGUGACCGUGGCUCAGCGACCAACCGCCCUUGGAACCCCGAGGCCGAGGGGGCGGGGCGAGUGGGGGAGGGGUGGCAGAAGCUACCAGAAGGGGCAAUGGGAGGGCUCCUGCAGAGCCUCCUGGGAAGGGGCCGGGGAGAUGGAGAGACAGAUUCUUGAGAAGUUUAUCUUCACAGUGUAGUUACUGCUACAUCGAAGAAAGAAGCGCAGAGACCUACAUCCAUCUCUCCUUCCCAAUAUAUUGCCCAAGAAGCCCCAGGCCUCCUCACUGUUCAUAUGCCCAUUCUCAGAAACCGCUUCCCAGGCGUCUCAUCUGGAGCCUUCCUGCCUGAGCAGGCCUGGGCACUCAUACCUGCAGGAUUGCCCUUGCCUGUACCCAAGUUCUUUCUUAGGACUACCUCUUACAGGGCCAUACAGUGAAGUGUGGGCCACUCUUCUGGUCAAACAUUGAACCAACACCCUUGUUGCAGAUUAAGAAAACCUUGAUGGAUUUGAAAAAUAACUGGUGAGAUCUUCAUUUUACUGCCGACUCUUUACACUGUAUAUGACUGGAUCGGUUGCUUGAAGAGAAAGAAACAGCAAUUGCAAGAGUUUUGUAAGCCACAUUUUCCAACGGCGGUCCUCUGAAGCCUGAAUAUUUGACUCUAUGUCUCUACACAGACUGCUUUGGAAUCAUGAGAGACGAAAUUGCAACAGCAGUUUUUUUUGUCACAAGAUUGGUGAAAAAGCAUGAGAAACUGAGUACUCAACAGAUAGAAACCUUUGCACUAAAGCUGAUGACCAUCUUGUUUGAAAAGUACAGAGGUCACUGGCACCCUGACUGCCCUUCCAAGGGGCAGGCUUUUAGGUGUAUCAGGAUAAACAACAAUGAGAAUAAAGACCCUGUUUUAGAAAGGGCUUGUGCUGAGAGUAAUGUGAAUUUUUUUCAUCUGGGACUUCCAAAGGAGAUGACCAUAUGGGUCGAUCCCUAUGAGGUGUGCUGUAGGUAUGGUGAGAAAAAGCAUCCCUUUACAAUUGCUUCUUUUAAAGGUAGAUGGGAGAACUGGGAGUUGGCUCAGCAUGUCAGCUGUGCAGUUAACAGAGCCACGGGAGACUGCUCCUCUGGCACAUCUUCUGAUGAAGAAAGCUGCAGCAGGGAGGCCCAGAUCAUCCCCAAAGUGAACAACCCAAAGAGCGUCUACCAGGUUGAAAAUUUCAAACAGUCAUUGCAGCCGUGGUUCUGCCUCCCCCGUAGAAAGCAUUUGGCAGAUGGUCGUGGGUUCCUCCCGGGGGCUGCUUGCCACCCAGUGCCCAAGAGCUCUAAGUGGUGCCGGCCAGCUUCGCGCAGGGUGGACAGAUAUCACUGGGUCAACGCACAACUGUUCAGUGGUCAGACAGCACCAGGAGAGCCUGGAGAAGAGGCCUUGUCUUCCCUAAAGCAAAAAUGAGGCUAAAGCCAAGAAAUGCCCCCAGUAGAAAAAAAUGCCUGCUUCAGGAAUGUGAGCACAGAAGGCUGUCCUUGCACACAGACCAGCACUUGACUUUUAGCUACUUUUAAUUCUUAUUUAACUUUAUGUAAAAUUUUAUGAACACUAGUGAAUAUAGGUGCCUAGAAAAGUGAUAGAACAGAGAUGUUGCCGGUGAUAAAAUAAAAUGAAUUAUAGGAAGGAAGACUUGAAAUAAAUACUCUUGUGUUUUUAACAAACUUCUAGUUCAGUUUGUUGCAAGACAGUUUUAAGUCUUGUUUUAAUCAUUGUUUUAAAAGUAGGUUUUCAACUAAGGAAGAUUGAUCCUGACAAAAUCCCCUCUGGACUUGUCUUUUUUUUUUUUUUUUUUUCCUUGUAACCAGUCUAUUUUAUAAAUCUGUUAAAAGCUUGGUGGAAAAUUUAAAGAUAAAUCCCUUUUUAUGUCUUUUUAAAAGUUUGAUUUACAACUGAAAGUGAGUAGAUUUACUGAUAUCAUCUAUUUUAUAAAAGUGGUACUUGCUUCUAAUAAAGUAUUCAAACUAAGCCAAGAAA